GUGGCGAACGGCGGGGCCGGGUGGAGCGGAGCUCCUGGCGAACGUCGUGUCCCGCGGUCUGGGGCGGCCUGCUGGGCGGGGCCUGGUUUCCGCGAGAGACGAGGGCCGGGUGCUGUGAACCGCUGGGACAUGGACAGUCGCCUGCAGGAGAUCCGGGAGCGACAGAAGUUGCGGCGGCAGCUCCUCGCGCAGCAGUUGGGAGCUGAGAGCGCCGACAGCAUUGGUGCUGUGUUGAACAGCAAAGAUGAGCAGAGAGAAAUUGCAGAAACGAGGGAGACUUGCAGGGCUUCCUAUGACACCUCUGCUCCAAAUGCAAAGCGUAAGUGUCUGGAUGAAGGAGAGACAGAUGAAGAUAAAGUAGAAGAAUAUAAGGAUGAACUAGAAAUGCAACAGGAAGAAGAAAAUUUGCCGUAUGAAGAAGAGAUUUAUAAAGAUUCUAGUACCUUUCUUAAGGGAACACAGAGCUUAAAUCCCCAUAAUGAUUACUGCCAGCAUUUUGUAGACACUGGACAUAGACCUCAGAAUUUCAUCAGGGAUGUAGGUUUAGCUGACAGAUUUGAAGAAUACCCUAAACUGAGGGAGCUCAUUAGGCUCAAGGACGAGUUAAUAGCAAAGUCUAACACUCCUCCUAUGUAUUUACAAGCAGAUAUAGAAGCCUUUGACAUUAGAGAACUGACACCCAAGUUUGACGUGAUUCUCCUGGAGCCACCUUUGGAAGAGUAUUACAGAGAGACCGGCAUCACCGCCAAUGAGAGAUGCUGGACAUGGGAUGAUAUCAUGAAGUUAGAAAUUGAUGAGAUUGCAGCACCCCGGUCAUUUAUAUUUCUCUGGUGUGGUUCUGGGGAGGGAUUGGACCUUGGAAGAGUGUGUUUACGCAAGUGGGGUUACAGAAGAUGUGAAGAUAUUUGUUGGAUUAAAACCAACAAAAACAAUCCUGGGAAGACAAAGACUUUAGAUCCCAAGGCUGUUUUCCAGAGAACAAAGGAACACUGCCUCAUGGGGAUCAAAGGAACCGUGAAGAGAAGCACAGACGGGGACUUCAUUCAUGCUAAUGUCGACAUUGACUUGAUUAUUACAGAAGAACCUGAGAUUGGAAAUAUAGAAAAACCUGUGGAAAUUUUUCAUAUAAUUGAACAUUUUUGUCUUGGUAGAAGACGUCUUCAUCUGUUUGGAAGAGAUAGUACCAUUCGACCAGGCUGGCUCACAGUUGGACCAACACUGACAAAUAGCAACUACAAUGCAGAGACAUACGCCUCCUACUUCAGCGCCCCUAAUUCCUACUUGACUGGCUGUACAGAGGAGAUUGAGAGACUUCGACCAAAGUCACCUCCUCCCAAAUCUAAGUCUGAUCGGGGUGGUGGCGCUCCCAGAGGAGGAGGAAGAGGGGGAACUUCGUCUGGCCGUGGUCGAGAAAGAAAUCGAUCCAACUUCCGAGGAGAAAGGGGCGGCUUUCGGGGAGGUCGAGGAGGAGCACACAGAGGUGGCUUUCCCCCUCGGUAAUUUUUAGAGAUGUCAGUCCUAUUCCUGCCCCUCUAGCCUUUGGGUGGGAGACUUACUUUCAGGACUCGGUCCCUCUCGCCUUUGUUCUGGCUGCUCUGCCUGCCAGGAACAACUUGCAAACUUCCUCACCAGUGCAUACCUGCGCCAUUUUGUUCGGGGUGAGCAGUCUUCAUGCAUGCAUGUAAUUGAGCAGGACGAACAACACAGAUAGCUUCGCUUUCAGAGACUGAAUUCACUCUGAUUUUAAACAGUCACAGAGGCUUCUGCUUUCUGGGAGUGGGUGGACAGUGGGAAGACGCCGUCUGGUAUCAGGCUGGAGCUGAAGGGAGUCCAUGGCACAUCCUUCCUUUGCAACCACAGCAAGUGGGGGACUGCUGCACCCAUGGUGGAGUGGGGCACUCGGAACCUAUCUGUGGGGGUUCAGCAUUUCCUUGUUGAAACAGUAAAAGAAGUGCAUACUGCAUUUUCUUUCUUUUAAAAAACAUUUUAAAUAAAUUCAAAUAUAAUUUGAGUACUGAAGAAAGUAAGAGACUUUGAACAAAAUCCCCUCUUUCCAGGUCCGAAUCUGAGAGGUGAGGUGGAGCUGCCAGGCAGGAUAAGGAGGAGGUAGGGCGCAGCAUGGAAGCUCUUUCUCAUGAUCUUGGUCCUGUAGCUCCAGGUGACUUCUGCUCUUAAGGCACAAAGCAGGACAGAAAUCCAAGUGUCAGGAUGUGGCUGUGAGCUGGAACUUACAUGGACCUUCAGAGCAGUUUCAUAUUCCAAAGCCAAGUAAAAGCAGCUGAGGCACCAGUAGAGAUGCCUGGUCGCCAGGCGCUGGGCUUGAGCACCUAGGGGUAAGUACUUGGGGGGUGAGGGAAUGAAAGCUUAGGCUUAUUUUUCUAAUGAAACUUUAAAUCUUUGGCAUUUGAGAUUCUAUUUUUUGUAAAUGGGAAUCACAGUUGUUACCAGAUGAAACAGGAUUGACUUAGAAGGGAACUCUUGUGGUUUCUACAUUGUAGUGGCCACUCUGUUCUCAUACAAAAGAGGAACUCACACACACCAAGACUGAGCCUGUGAGCUCAGCUCGCUCAGCCUGUUAUACUUUCCAGUGCAUAUCGGUAGCAUGUGAUUAUCCCCUUUCUUGACACAGAUGUUGUAUCUCCCAAUUGGUUAGUGUGUUUGUUGAAAUGACAUUAUAAACUAACUGGAGGUAGAACCAAAGGUCAGCUUGACCUGGGAAUGCAGGAGGGAAGUUCCAGGUGCCCCCUGGUGGGCCCUCAGAAGAGCUGGCUUAGGACUCUCCCUUGUUCCAUACCUGGGCCUUCAAGAGACGGUGCUGUGGCUGGUGGCCUAGGCCCUGUGAGAUCUGUUUCAUAAUUAUUCUUGUGGAGGAGAGGAAUGGCUCCUUGGUAGGUUGCCAUCAUCAGAGAAGAGCAAGAAGGAGAGAGGAGGUGAAGGGAAAGGAAUGCAAGCCCUAGAAUUGAUCCCUUUGAAAGGUAGUCUGGCCUUCUGAACAACAGGCUGGAAGGACGCCUCGGCCCAGCCGCCUUCUCCCUCGGGAAAGCUGGGCAUUGGCUUACAGUAGAGCGUUCAUGACUCCGGCCUUAUCUGAUUUUUGAUCCUCUUUAUAUUCACAUGUUCCACAUUUUCAGUCUAGAAAUAAACUUUUAGUUGCUUUUCUUAUCAGGGAAUUGUGAGAAACAGCUCAGUGCAAGAGGUCAGGGUGCAAGAAAUGGGGUCAUCAUGGGGUCUGACUUGGUGCCUGUUGAGAGCCAGGGCACAUAGUGGGGCAGGACUGCAACAGCACUGUUCUGAGUCUUGGUCAAUAGCAGGGCCGCCUUUAGGAGCCCUUGGAUCCCUGUGGAGAAAUUGGACCACAUAUUUCCUGUGCCAAAGUCCAGCAGGGUUGUGCCAAGGGGACCCGGAGUUACAGUGAGCAUCAGUGGCAGGGCUAUUGUUAUAUGAGUGGUACCCAUAUCAACUGCUAAUUUAUACCUUUCAGUUAGUUACAGCAGUUGAUUUUAAAAGCUGCUGAUCUUAACCGCUAACGUGUAUCUUUCAGUUCGCUACAGCAGCUUGUUCAAAAACCUAGCCAGGUGCAGUGGUGUACACUUGUCCUAGAAACUGAGGAGGCUGAGCCAGGAGGAUCACAAGUUGGAGGCCAGACUGGGCAACUUAGCGAGAUCCUGUCUCAAAAAGGACUGGGGAUGUAGCUCAGUAGUAGGAUACCCCUGGGUUCAGUCCCUAGUACCCCAAAAUUUUAAAAAAUAAAUACUGGGAUCAAAUUUACUAAAAGGAAGUACGAGAAACCAUCACCUUUAAAGUCAUAGCAUGUAGGUUAAAAGACUUGGCCUUAGUCUGCAGAGCUCUGGAGUGCACUUGGGAGGGAGCGGAAGUCAGUCUGAGCUGUGCUCAGCCCCUUGGAGAACUCAUGUUGUGUGGUAGGCUGCAGCCGUCGCCUCUGGAAAGCAGAUGUCUGCAGGCCGGUAGUUUGUGGAGGUUUAAUGAUCCAAUCUGCUGCCAUUUUAUAGGCUUGUGCAUUUCAAGGCAACUUCUGGGUUGUUAAAAGGCUCUGAUGUAAUGCUGUUGCCCAUAAUUCAGGUGAAACUUAGAACCCUAAGAAGCUAAGCUUACAGUGGUAAAUAGGGGCUGAAGAGAGCAGCUAACUUUACUACCGUGAGGCUGACCGAAAGCAAAGUAUAUGCGUGGUUAAGAAUACUGGGGUGGGCGUGCACUUGCCUGCACAGGGCUCAGGGUUCCGUGCCCAACACCACAGGGAAAGAAGACAAUAUUGCAUUUAUAGUAACUCCAAAUCAAACUUUGGAAAAAAGUAGACACUGAUGCCAGAUUGUGAGCCAAGCAGCUCCUCAUGUCUCACGUCCCAGCCCUUCCCUGACACAGUCGUGAUGGCACCAGGGUCUCAGGCCCGCUCCCACUUCUGGCUGCUCUCACUUUUCGUAUUCAGUUUGCUGUGGCGCCACACCUGCCUGUCUGCCUUUCUUUGCCUUUGGCUGUGGGGAAUGAGUCUGUGGCUUGUGUUACAUGAAGACAACAGGCUCCUUUCUCAGCCUGUCCCUGUGCAAGUGGUGGACUGCUUAGUCAGUGGGCCCUCCCCAUGGCCUGCUUCACCAUGGAGUGGUUGCCAGGGCCUUCAGCCUCUCAGGUCCUUUUCCGUUCUGCUCGGGCUUUCUUGCUGAAUAGGGGCCUGUUUUUCUAAAAGGGCUUUCCCUCUGUCUCAAGAACGUUAUCUGGGAGGGUGAGGAAACAGUGAUCUCCAAUGAAUUAUUAGUUAUCAACCAUCUUGAACAGAGUCGACUCCUGUGGACUGACCGAAUUUUAAAACGUGACUCUUUCCUCAGGAUAUAAGUUUUUAGUUACUUUCCUCCAAACACAACCUGUCAAGGAGAGCGAUUAAACCACAUCUAUACCUCCUCCUUAAUAAUAGCCUGAAGGGGAAAAACUGUGUCCUCCUAUAAGGGACAGGCACAGUAGACUGGGAGUGUAGAAGGGCUGGGGUGGUGCAGGGUGGCGCCCCGGAGUCUUGGAAAGCUGUGUGGUCAGCACUGAUGCCCAAGGAGAGGCGACUGCUAGACAAAGGCUGGGUGGGCCUGGGAAGGUGCUGGCCACAGAUGACCAUUCACUUCCCAGCAGGGCUGGGAGUAGAGGUCUAGAAGGCCCAGUGUGGGCCUGGGAGGCGCACGGUGCCUCCUCCUGGAGCUUCCAAGUCCAGUUUCAGAUCCUUUUCCAUGUUGGAAAAACUCAAGCUGGAAUUGGACCUGGAUUUCUUAUUCUAUUAAUAGGACAUAUUUCCAUCUGGCCAAAGUGAAAAAUUAGUGACAGAUCUUUCUUAUUUACUCUCAGCCAGUUGUCAUUAGGUUAGAUUUCUGGGACGUGAAGUUCACAUAAGCCUUCUUGAGAGAGUGAACUCUUCCUAAUGGUUCCUUGACAUCUGAUCUGGAAUUCUUGAGAGGUUCUUGUGGUUAACACUUAAGGCGUUGUGGCCCGUGCUUCUCGUCCCUUAAACUGUUACUUACAGCUAGUAGCUCCAUCAAUUAAAAUAUUUGUGAUACAGCUAGGAGCUAGAUUAAUCCCAGCCUUCCUCACCCUCUGCCGAUUUAAUAAAAGCCCUAGCAAGGAAGAUACUAGCAGCAGCAAACAUGCACAUGGUCUAACAGACAGGAAGCCUAAGUCCUUUGCCUUUACUGGCUCCAGUGAUCUGACUUCCUAGGUUGCACAGGCCCCCCCCCCCCCCCCCGUGCUGCCUCCAGCUGGGGCAGGAGCACUGCUUCAGAACACCUCACACUUCAGAUGUAUUUACCCCGUUUUUGGCAAGUGGCCACUCAGAUUGCCCACAUUUCCAUUUUAUGCUGGGGUUGUAAUGCACUGAAGAAGCUUGAGAUGGCUUUCGCUUUCUCCCACUGACAGGGUGACCAGCUCCCAUCAGCUCUCAGCAGCUGCUGUUCCCAGGGCAUCUGGCAGGCAGGCAGGCAUGUCCUGGACACGGGUUGCAGAGCUUGCAGUGCUUCUUAAACCAAACCAUUGAGUCACCUGAAGCACACCAGCUGCAGGCCUGGGGGCUCAGCCUGGCAGUGUCUUCGCUACUCUACUGGCCUCUGCAGCCUUUGCCAGCUGAUGAUGAACAGCCUGCUGAGCCAUGUAGUCUGCACUACCUUGGCUGCCUACGGCCUGCUCCAAGUGUGCGUGGGCUGAUAACAGACAGGGUCAGGUCUGCCACAGAAAUGUUCAUGGGCACUGCAGCUCUUGGAACACGACGUGUUCCGCUCUCCACCAGCGUUAUACCUGUUGCUGGUUGGGACGGAUGCUCAAGGCCCCUCUCAGCCACUCCUGGCAUGACGUUUCAUCAGCGUGGAUCAGCUUCCUGUGGGAUCAAUCAAUCAACUUCCGGUGGGAUCAACUUCUGCUUACUGUACCCACAGGACACAGUCAAGGACCUUCAAAAGUGCCUUUUUAAGUAUGCUGUCUGACAUUUCCUAGGUUUAUUGCCUAACAAUCCUCAACCCUGAUAAAAAGACAAUUUUGCUACCUGG